UUGAGGAUCAACACAGGACACGGCUUACACCUCAUCACCUAGCUCUCCUUGCCUUCCUUCAAGUUCCAACUGCUAUGGAUGCCAUCAGACUCAGCCUCCUCAUGGUGGCCGUGAUGGCCGUCCUGAGCACCGCGUCGGCGGCGAUCUACAACGUUGGCGAACCGGGUGGUGCGUGGGACCUCAGCACCAACUACGACACCUGGGCGUCCUCUAGGAAGUUCCAACCCGGCGACCAGAUCGUCUUCAAGUACUCCCCUCAAGCGCACGACGUCCUUGAGGUCAGCAAGGCCGACUAUGACUCCUGCAGCACCGCCAACCCCAUUGCCACCCUCAACACCGGGAACGACAUCGUCACGCUCAACGCCACCGGCACACGCUAUUUCAUCUGUGGGUUUCCUGGCCACUGCACUGGUGGCAUGAAGGUCAAGAUCGACGUCGUGCCUGGCUCCUCCUCCUCCUCGCCCGCCCCAGCCAGCGGCCCCAGUGCAAGCAACGCUCCUCCGCCCACGCCUGUCUCUACCGCCAACUCUGUGGAGGCCACGGGGUUUGGCCUCGCCGUCUUGCUUGCCUUUGCCGGUAUCAUGGCUUGAGUACAUGUUGUCGCCCCACGCACAUGCAUAUUUUAUGUAUAGUCAAGGAAUCAUUAUUAGCGAGUAUACGUGUGUAUACUCGACUAAUUGGAUAUGCGACCUUGAUCUUUUUUAUAUACAAUUUGAAGGAUUAGUUAAUAAAGAUUCUUUAGUUUUAU